AUGUCAAUUUAUGCUACGAUUGCAAAGCGAUUCUAUUCUCCUGGAUUGAAGCAACAAAUUGAACGAUUCAACUGUGAGAUUUGCCAACUCAAUAAAGCGGCGAAUGUUCAAUAUGGACAGCUACCUGAACGACAUGCGGAUUUGGUUCCAUGGUUCUCAGUUGCUGUUGAUUUGAUUGGUCCAUGGAAAAUUGACGUCAACGGUAGAGAACUUGAAUUCAACGCGUUGACUUGUAUUGAUCCCGUGACAAAUCUCACUGAACUUGCUUUUAUCGAGAAUAAAACUGCAGCACACGUGGCAAACGUGUUCGAAAUGCUGUGGUUGUCGCGAUAUCGGAGACCAUACAAAUGUAUUCACGAUCAAGGAGAUGAAUUCAUUGGCGAAGCCUUUCAAGCAAAACUUGCUACUUGGGGAAUCCAUAAUGGCGGAGCCACUAGCAAGAAUGCGACUGCAAAUGCGAUCUGUGAACGAAUGCAUUUGACAGUGACAAACAUUUUGCGAACCAGAUAA